GAACCGGUACCUCAGCCGUAUAUAUAAACCCGCAGCGCUUCUCAGCAGGGAGAGGGAGAGAGAAAGAGCUCUCGAGUUCACAAAGAAUCAAACCAAAGCUGCUGCUGGACAGACUCGGGCAACAGGGAGACGUGUUUAUAUCCACAGGCUACUUUAUCAUCUCAGAGAAGAUUCUGCAAAAGGAAAAAAAAACCUCUCACAAUAUCCCAACCAUCAAUCAUGAAUGAAAACUGCUUGGCUGUCAACAUUCUGCUCUUGUAUAUAUCCUGUGGAGCAAGUGCACUGGCAGCCUUCAGUCCCACUGCCUCUUCAUCUCUGCCAGCAACCAAUUUCACUGAUAUUGGCUCUGUGCCUUCAAAAUAUCUCACAGAGGCCACAAACCUCCCCAAAUCCAGACGGAAACGUUAUAUUUCCCAGAACGAUAUGCUUACUAUACUUGAUUACCAUAAUAAAGUCAGAGGGAAAGUUUUUCCCCCAGCCUCAAACAUGGAAUAUUUGGUCUGGGAUGACACUCUUGCAAAGACAGCUGAGCAGUGGGCGUCCACGUGUAUUUGGGAGCAUGGUCCUCGCAGUCUUCUUAGAUUUCUGGGUCAGAACCUUUCAGUCCGAACAGGAAGAUACAGGUCCAUUUUACAGCUGGUAAAGCCCUGGUAUGAUGAAGUGAAGGACUAUUCUUUUCCCUAUCCUCGAGACUGCAAUCCCAGAUGUCCCCUUAAGUGCUCUGGGCCUAUGUGCACUCAUUAUACACAAAUGGUGUGGGCAACCUCAAAUAAAGUAGGAUGUGCAAUCAACACAUGUCAUAAUAUGAAUGUUUGGGGUUCUGUAUGGAAGAGGGCAACAUACUUGGUGUGCAACUAUUCUCCAAAGGGGAACUGGAUUGGUGAGGCCCCAUAUAAAGUAGGUGUCCCUUGCUCCAUGUGCCCUCCGAGCUAUGGAGGAUCAUGCAGUAACAACAUGUGCUUUCCUGCUGUGAACUCAAAUUAUCUGCACUGGUUCAAAUAAACACAGACAGAGAGAAUGCACAUGCCCCAUCGCAGAGACACUGUCCCUAAUGGGAAUUUGCACAACAUUCCUGUAUCACCCUGUUUUAUUUUUUAUAUAUAUGGGUCAUAUAGGACCAUGGGUUGCAAGGCAGCAAUUUUUUAAAAGACAUGUACAUAACUUAUUUUUCAAUGUCUAUACCAUGUAUUGAUAAUUAUAUUGUUUUGUGUGUAAACCCAAUGGUUUAUUUCCUGAGAGGGACUCUACUGUGAUUUGUCAAGACAUGAUUGGUGCUUACAGUAUUCAACUGUAACUGCACUCCGAGAACACCAGGCGCAAUUGCCAAAACUCCCAUCAGGCUUUGUUGGCAAGUCUUACAUUACAAAUUGUCUGUAGUGCCACACUUAAAGGGGUAGUUCACCCAAAAAAUUAAAAUUCUGUGAUUUACUGUCAUGUCGUUACAAACUUGAAUGGCUUUAUUUCAUCUGUGGAAGAUAAAAUAAGAUGUUUUGUUAAACUCUUCAGCUGUUUUUGUGUACAUUAGGAAAGUCAAAAAAGUUUGUUUAAAGUAUGUAAUAAUUUCCCACCUCCUUUAUGUCCUUUUUGGAGUUUGAAAGUUUUGGAACCCAUUGACUUUAAUUGUACACACAGAAACGGCUAAAACAUAAAUAUAAACUUGACAAAACAAGGUUAUAUUGAAAAAUGUUGGUAACCAAGCCGUUUCAGUUUCCAUCGACUUCCAUUGGAUGGACUAAAAAUACAAUGAGAAGUGAAACCAUUCGGUUACCAAAAUUUUUCUAAAAGGAAGAUCAGAAAAAUCAUACAAGUUUGGGACGAUAUGAGGAUAAGUAUAUGAUGACAGAAUUUUUAUUUUUUAGGGGUGGGCUAUCCAUUUAAAUGCAAUCAAUUUGCUUUACUUCAAGCAGCCUUUUUUCUGUGAUUUCAUAUCUAUUAACCCUGGAGGUUGACUUUUGGCGCUUCACUUUCAAUAUUAAGCUAGCUCUUCUUGAACUGGGCUGGGACACUACAGUACUUCACUGGUUUGAAUACACUUACUGGCAUUCUUGGUAAUAGUUUGCUUUGGGUCUUCCUUUUUGGAAGAUUUCCAGAUGUUUAAAGCCUACAGACAUGUGCUUGGGGCUUAGAAAUCGUGGAAUGUUGCUUAGGUAAAGUUCUGCAUUUUGCAACCCCACAGCGAGAUGAAUAAUCAUGCUGUACCCUCAUGAAAUGUUGAGGCGGAUUAACAUGGAAAAAUUUCUGAUGUGUAAGUGCACCUUAAAAUGUUUUUGAAAUUGUGUUUUUAUUUGUCAUUGAUGGUGAUUUUUAUCAUUUGUACAUACAUUUAUUAUGAUUUCAGCAGUAUAGUCUUUACAGUGCUUGCAUAACAGUGGCACAAUAUUGCAUUGUAUUGCAUUGUGUAGAUUUCACUUUUUAAACCGCAUUACACAAGCACUUAGGGAAUCUACCAGGCAGUACUCUGCAGUAAUCUGGACAUGGAGGAGGGGGUGUAAAGAGCUAUUUAUCCCUUUCCCCCAUAGAUUCAGCAUGGUCAACAUGACUUCAUUUAUUGAAAUGGUGUUUUCUGUUAAGAAUUGUUCUAUAAAAUAUUAUUUUAGUUUUUUUCUUAGACUGCAUCUCUUAUUGUGUUAAUAUGUCUUUGCAGACCUCUCACUUUUUCAUUUUAUUGUAUUAUAAUGUUUUAUUAUAUGGUGUUUUUUUUAUCAAAUGUGCUAAACAAGGUAUGGUGCUAGGUGUUUUUGCACCUAUUGUUAACACUUCAUAUACAGUACAUUUAAUGGCAACUGUAUUUCAGAAACACUUUAUUUAUAAUUUGAAAUAAGCUGUACAUAGCCUUUUUAUAAAGUGUUUUUUAUAUAUGAAUUUUGUUAUUUAAACGUGUCAUUUUGUGUCUCUUUAAAACGCUAAAACACUGUUCAAAAAGGUUAGGGUCAGUAAUAUUUUAAGAAACUAAUACUUUUAUUCAGCAAGAGUGCAUUAAAUUGAAGAAACAACAAUUAUCCACAAAAAUAUUUAGUACUUCUUUUUUUUUUUUUUUGAUAAACAUUUUUUAUAAUAAGAAAUGUUUCUUAGUAUAAGUACAUAAUUUUUGUUUGUUUAUUUGUUUUUUAAGAUUCAUUUUAAUUUGUUUCAGUGUUCCUUUUUUUUAUCAAAUAAAUGCAGCCUUUGAUAGCAUAAGAACCUUCUUUAUAAAACAAUCAAAGAUAUUUGUUGGCCUCGAACUUUCUAAAAAGCUCACAAAAAACACCCAUCAGCAACAAAUAGUUUUGAUGAGAGUUUUGGAUCAAGACUAGUUGUUGAAAGACAUGAUCAGUGCAGGUCAAGGGUUGAAAUUAUUUUGGCCUUUGGCCUGCAAGCAAAAGCAGAUGCAUACAAAUACAACCAGAAACUUUAUUAUUUGUAUUUUUUUUAUUAUUACUAAUUAGGUCUGUCCUUUUUUUUUUUUUUUUUACUUUGUGUGCUGCCAUCUUGUCCAUGUCUCCCUGGAAGAAAAGUUUCUGAUAUCUCAUUGGGAUCUUCCUGGUUAACGGUUAAAAGAAAAAGUAAAAAAAAAAAAAUGUGUUUUAUAUAGGUAUAAACAAUACCACCAUCACCUUUGUUGACUAUUAAAUUAAUGUUGUAUUUAUACUUUUUAAUCCGAUUGCUUGCUGAUGUAUUUUUUAUUGUUGAAUAAAGCUGAAAACCAUAUUC